GUGACAGGCUCUCGCAUGAAAUUAGUCGGAGCAAAGACACUGCUGUUACAUGGGAAAGCUGACAUCUUCCGACUUAUAUUUCUUAUGAUAUCAUUAAAAACAUAAUGGAUUCCUCGUACAUGUUUCCUUACUGCGUCGCUAGUUGACAGAACUGUGCUAAUAGCUUGGUUUGAGCUGGCCAACUAGCCUCCAGUUGGCAAAAAAAUACUCCACGUAGACAUAACACAACAGUUUAAAUACCAUUGCACUUUCUGAAAUACUCGAUAUACGUGUUAAUGAAUGGAUUUUAUUGCUAAAACGUCAUAAUUGAAGUAGUUAGCCCCGUAGUUAGCAUUUUAGCUAACAUUGAUUGAUUUUUCUUUUUUAAAAGAGCUAAUUUAGCGGUUGUCAAGCGUUUGUCUAGGCAGCCUGACAUCUAUCAACGCAAGCUGUUUUUGAGCCAACGCCAUGAAUGUUUACUUGACUCAAAAUUGCAAGUCAUAGUUUUUUGAUGCAGUAGCUAACAAGCACAACAUGCUACAACGUUCACUUAGCGCCAAACAAAUGACAAGCGGUGACAGCUAGCUUAGCUACCAACAAACCAUAUCAUUAUCAUGUUGGGUGUAUCACAAUUCUAUGAUUUAUGCGGCUGAAGCAUGCUCCUGGCCCAGAUAAACCGGGACUCCCAGGGAAUGUCAGAGUUUCAUGAUGCUGAUGGCCAGCCCGUGACUCUCUGUCUGACAGAGGCUGUGACGGUGGGAGAUGGAGAUCAGAUGGAGAGCAUGGACACGGUGAGCCUGCAGGCUGUCACUCUGGCAGAUGGCUCCACUGCCUACAUCCAACACGAAUCCAAAGCUUCCUUUUCAGAUGGGCAGAUCAUGGAUGGGCAGGUGAUCCAGCUGGAGGACGGCUCCGCUGCCUACGUUCAGCACGUGCCGAUGCCUAAAGCAGGAGGAGACAGUUUACAGCUGGAAGAUGGACAGGCUGUGCAGUUAGAAGAUGGAACAACAGCAUUUAUCCACACACCCAAAGAGACUUAUGACCAGGGUGGCCUGCAGGAGGUGCAGCUGGAGGACGGCAGCACCGCCUACAUCCAGCACACGGUGCACAUGCCUCAACCCAACACCAUCCUAGCCAUUCAGGCGGACGGCACCAUAGCAGAUCUGCAGGCCGAGGCCACGGCCAUCGACCCAGAAACCAUCAGUGUUUUAGAACAGUACAACACCAAGGUGGAGAACAUAGAAAACCCUUUGACGUCCUUUGGAAGAGUGGAAGCAGACAAUGAAGUCCACAUGCGGAUUGUGUUACAGGGUCAAGAUAACAGGCAGGCAAGAGUCUCGAAUGUUGGAGAGAAGUCUUUCCGUUGUGAUUAUGAAGGCUGUGGGAAGCUCUACACAACUGCACACCAUCUGAAAGUGCACGAACGCUCCCACACCGGAGACAAACCAUACAUCUGUGAUUUCCGUGGCUGUGGAAAGAAAUUUGCAACAGGGUACGGGCUGAAGAGCCACUCACGCACACACACGGGGGAAAAGCCAUACAGAUGUCAGGAGCUGAACUGCAACAAGUCUUUUAAAACCUCCGGAGACCUCCAAAAACACACCAGGACCCACACAGGUGAGAAGCCAUUUCUAUGUCCAGUUGAAGGGUGCGGCAGGUCGUUCACCACCUCCAACAUCCGCAAAGUUCACAUCCGAACACACACGGGUGAGCGACCGUACUACUGCUCUGAGCCCAGCUGUGGACGAUCCUUUGCCAGUGCCACCAAUUACAAGAAUCAUAUGCGGAUUCACACCGGUGAGAAACCGUAUGUUUGCACUGUGCCUGGCUGUGAAAAGCGCUUCACAGAAUACUCCAGCCUCUAUAAACACCAUGUUGUCCACACGCCUUGCAAACCUUACAACUGCAACCACUGCGGGAAAACCUACAAACAGAUUUCCACACUGGCCAUGCACAAACGCACAGCACACAAUGACACGGAGCCCAUUGAGGAGGAGCAGGAGGCUUAUUUUGAGCCUCCAACAGAUGCCAUUGAUGACCCAAAUGUAAAUUACACCCAAACUGUGGUGGAAACCGAUGACUCCAGUUCAGAGCAGGCUCCUGUGGAGAGUUCAGAUCUAGCUGGACAGCAGCACGUUGCCUUGGUAACUCAGGAGGAUGGAACACAGCAACAGGUCAGUAUCUCAGAAGCAGACUUGCAAGCCAUGGGUGGAACGAUUACCAUGGUAACCCAAGAAGGCACAACAAUAACCAUCCCCGCCCAUGAGCUGGCAGCUCAAGGUGCCCAUACAGUCACCAUGGUAGCAACGGAUGGAUCUGAUGAACAGGUGGCCAUCAUGACACCAGACAUGGCUUCUUUCCAAACUGUGGAGGAAGCAAACUACACCCAAGAGCCGGAAGAUAUUCAUCCCGUCACGUUACUGGCCACCUCCAAUGGCACCCACAUUGCUGUGCAGCUCACUGAUCAACCUUCCCUGGAAGAAGCCAUUCGAAUAGCAUCAAGAAUACAGCAAGGAGAGUCACCGGGUCUGGAUGAAUGAUGGACUCUGUAUUGGACAAUUAUUUAGAAUCUAAACCAUGGGAAAUGGACUUCGGUGUUGAGAAAAAAUCAUCAGUUUUCCUCCUUGUUCAUUUUUUUCCACAGUUUAACUUAGCUUUUACGUGUACAUAGGAUUUUUGAUAACUGGAGUUUGCCAUGCUGUUUUGUUCCUGAUCCUUAAAAUUAAGUUGAUGCAGAAAAUGUAAAGAAGGAAAGACACAAUAAUGCUUUAUGUCUAUAGUGCACAUGCAGUGUACAGGUUUUGCUAUUUCCUAAAAAACUUAUAAAAGCUUUUUUGUGUCA